AUGUCGGAGCAACCAGAAGUUGAGAAAACCACCGAACAAAACCAGGAGAUUAUAGGAAAGGACGGCAAACCAGUUAAAUACCUUCGUGGAAAGAAGGAAAAGAAACCAAAAGUUCAAACUGAAAAACCACCUGAGCCAGAUCCAGCAGUUUAUAUUGAUGCUCGCGUCGGUAAAAUCAUUCAUGUCGAACCAGUUGAAGAUUCUGAGUUCCUUUACAAAGAAGACGUCGAUGUUGGAAAUGGAAUUACAAAACACAUCGUUACAAGUGUCAGAAAGUACUACACAGUUGAGCAAUUACAAGACAGAAGAGUUUGCGUCUUCACAAACAUGCAUCCAGCUAAGAUGCGUGGUGAAACAUCUGAAGCAAUGUUAUUUGGCGCAAGUACACCAGAUCCGGAUAUCUGCGAACUUUUAGAUCCACCAGCUGACUCCCCAAUUGGUGCUAGAAUCUUCUUCGGACAUUUCACUGAAGGCGAAGUUACCGGCCAAGACCGUCGCAAUACACAUUGGAAGAAAAUGGUCGAACAUUUAGGUAUCAAUGAUCAAGGAGUUGCAUGCUACAAGGGCGAGCCACUUCAUACAGCUGAAGGAAAUCUUACUGUUCCAAAUCUCAGAAACUGCGAGUUCCAUUAA